AUGCCAGGCUCGGAAUAUUCCAAUGCAAAGCAGAACGUAGAGGCUUUCCGCAUUGCUGGUCUCCCGCCGGACUUUUACUACAUUCCCAACUUCAUUAGUGUUGAAGAGGAAACUUCCAUCCUACAAAAGAUCCCAGCUCAGCGAUGGACGUACCUGUCUCACCGUCGCCUCCAAGCGGUUCCGUCUACACUAACUAAAAACAAUACGCUACUGGCAUCACCUUUACCCAUCUACCUGACAACACCUAUUAUAGACCGCUUCCGGGAUCUGGGCAUCUUCGAUCAUACUCCGCACGAGCAGCCAAACCAUGUACUGGUCAACGAGUACAAGCCCGGCCAGGGCAUCAUGCCGCAUGAAGACGGCGACGCGUACGCACCCGUAGUCGCAACCGUCAGUCUUGGCGCCCCGAUCUGUCUGGACAUCCUACCCAAGCCCUCCGCCUCCGCCUCCGCCUCGGCAGCCGACGACGCAGACGUAACCACCAGUAAUCACGCCCAGGAAAGUCAUGACGAAGCCAAGAGCCUCUCCCCCGCUACUCCCACUCCCAUUACUCCGAACAUUAUGAUUACCACGCGCACGCUUCCGACCCGCAUCUUCCAGGAACCGCGAUCCCUGCUCGUCACGACGGGCUCUGCAUACCGGCAUGUCAUGCAUGGGAUUGCGGAGUGUGAAACAGACGAGGGGAUGUGUGAGGCGAGCGUGGCGAAUUGGGAUUUGCUGGGUGAUAAGGCGAUGCUGGAGGCCAACGGGGGAGUGAGUACCAGGGGCGUGAGGAUUAGCUUGACGUACAGGGAUGUGCUCAAGGUUAGUACGGCUGCGAGUAAGGUGCUGGGUGGUUUGGGGGGGAGCCGGCGGCGGGGAGGGUGA